UGCUUACGCUCCCUCUAUUUAACAGCCCUAUCCUUGAUCUAUGUACCAUUAAAGAGUAGAGUCCUUAGCAGGAAGAGAUCAGAGAUGAGGAGCAUCACCUUCUCUGUUUCAUUCUUGCUAUCUACUUUCCUGCUUCAUCUAUGUUUGUACCAUGAGGUGGCUUCCGGUGAUCAAAUUAUUGGGUCCGAUAGGAAAGCAUUAGAAAUAAUCACAGGUGGUUAUGGUGGCGGCUAUUACCCUGCUUCACCUCCACCCCCCGAGCAUUGUUCUCCUCCUCCUCCCCCUCCUAAACCCAUUUGCACCCCACCACCACCCCCACCUCCACCCCCACCUCCACCACCACCCCCACCUCCUCCACCCCCACCGCCAUCGCGACUUGAACUUGUCAAACCCGUUCUUCGAAAAUUUCAAAGCAUUGCCACCUCAGACCCAGAGGGCAAAUUCAAGACAUGGAAGGGCGACGACAUAUGCAAGUGGGAGGGCUUAUUUUGUGACACACAUCCGGACUUCGAUCAACCAGCUCUUGCUGCAGUGGACUUCAAUGGCUUCAAGCUUGGCCGUAAGGACGGCGGCAGCCUCCCUCUCAAUGGCUUCAUUGACGAGUUACCAGAUAUAACCGUGUUCCACGCAAACUCCAACAAUUUCACCGGCGGCGUCCCCAAGAAGAUCAUGACCCUAAAGUACUUCUUUGAGCUUGAUCUGAGCAACAACAAGUUAUCCGGCCAGUUUCCAAUGGAAGUUCUUGGAGCCACACAAUUGACGUUCUUGGACCUUCGGUUUAACUCCUUGUGCGGAACAGUUCCACCUGGAGUGUUCAACCUAGACGUGGACGUGAUCUUCAUCAAUAACAACAACUUUGUGCAAAAGCUUCCUGACAAUCUUGGCUCCACGCCAGCUCUUUAUCUCACUUUUGCCAACAACAAGUUCACGGGGCCAAUCCCACGAAGCAUUGGCACUGGCAACACUUCAAAAAACCUCAUUGAGGUGCUCUUCUUGAACAACCAGCUCUCGGGAUGCUUGCCACCUGAGAUUGGCCGCUUGAAACGGGCAACCGUGUUUGAUGUGAGCAUUAACUGGUUGACUGGUCCAAUACCCGUGUCAUUUCAGUGCCUGGCCAAAAUAGCAUUGCUUAAUUUGGCUCAUAACCAAUUCUAUGGUGCGAUCCCGGAGGCCAUCUGCAAGCUACCUAACUUGUCUAAAUUCACGUUAUCAUACAACUACAUCACCGAAGUUGGCCCCGAUUGCAGGAAUUUGAUAGAAAAGGGCGUUCUUGAUGUUAGAAUGAAUUGCAUUAUAGAUCUUCCAAAUCAGAGAUCAAAGGAAGAAUGUGCUAAAUUUUUUAACAAGACCAAGUACCACAGCUGCCCCAACGAUAAGACGUAUUCUUACUACAUUCCAUGCAAGAAUAAGCAUUAUUCAGGUUCCGAUCAUCAACCAACGGUUGCAGCCACUUCGCCAUUGUCCUAUGAUGCUCUUACACCGCAUAAGUUGUGAUUUUCAUGCCCGAAGUUGACUCAUUGACAGAUGGGUCAUCGGGGUGUCUUUCUUUAUUUUACGUCUAAAUUGUUAUUUUAUGUACAAGCAGGGUAAAUCUUGAACAGAUGUUAAUGCAAAUCCUGUACCCCUCAGUAUUGCCACUUGCCGUUGCUGUUA